GUGAAAUGAAAGGAAAAUAUUCACUGAAACGCCAUCAAAUCGUGGCCCAGAAGGAAGAAGUUGUUAGCAGGAUCUCUCUCAAAAGCAAGCAUUCUUAAAAGCCCCYCUCUCUCUCUCUCUCUCUCCCUCUCCCUCCCGCCAUGAAAUCCCAUCACCAUGGGCAGCGACCUCUGCUAUGGCCAUUGCUAGCCACCACCGCCAUUGUCAGCUUCUUCUUCUUCUUCUUCUCCUCCCUCCGCCCUCCGAACCCAUUUCUGGUUCUCCGCCCCGGCCUCGUCGGGCUCCAAUCCGUCCAUGAUCCGCCCCCCCUCGUCCAUCCGCAGCCGCAGCAGUCCGAACAGAGAUUGAGUUGCGAUUUGUUCAAAGGGCAUUGGGUCUCGGAGCCGAGGGGGCCCCGGAUGUACACCAAUUGGAGCUGCUCCUCCAUCCCGGACUCCAAGAACUGCUUCAGGCAUGGCCGGAAGGACACCGGGUUCCUCGAUUGGAGAUGGAAGCCGCAGGAUUGCGAUCUUCCACGCUUCGAUCCCGUCGCCUUUCAUAAUCUUCUCCGUGGCAAGAAACUCGCAUUCAUUGGCGAUUCUGUUGCCAGAAACCAUAUGGACUCUCUCCUCUGCCUCUUAUCACAGGAAGAAACUCCACAAGAUGUUUACAAAGACAUUGAAGAUAGGUUCAGAACAUGGUAUUUUCCAAAAAGUGAGUUAACCAUAAUGAUGCUGUGGUCUAAAUUCCUGGUGACAGGAGAAGAGAGGGUUGUGAACGGAACCGGAAACGGCAUUUUCGACCUAAAGUUCGACAAGGUGGAUGACGCCUGGGCGAAACACCUACCGAAUAUGGACUACGUCAUCGUCUCGAGCGCGCAUUGGUUUUUCCGAGUCUUGUACCUUCAUGAAGGCAGCCACAUGAUCGGCUGCAUCUAUUGCCACGAUAAAAAUAUAAAAAACUACGAUCCCGAUUUCGCGUUGAAAAUGGCCAUUCGAGCAGCUUUCAAGCACAUCAACGACUGCAAGAAGUGCGGUAAGUUGGUGACGAUCCUGAGGACAUUCUCGCCCGCCCACUUCGAGAAUGGGGUUUGGAACACGGGUGGGUAUUGCAACAGAACGGGCCCGUCGAGCGUGAAGGAGAUCGACUUAGAGAGGUACGAUUGGAAGGUUCGGAAGGUUCAGAUAGAAGAGACGAAGAUGGCGAGGCGAGAAGGGAUGAGGAGAUUUGAGAUGAUCGACGUGACGAUGUCGAUGAUGAUGAGACCCGACGGGCACCCGAAUGGGUUCUGGGGAAACCAGUGGAUGAAGGGCUACAAUGACUGUGUGCAUUGGUGCUUGCCAGGCCCCAUUGAUGCUUGGAAUGAUUUUUUGAUGGCACUUGUCACACAACACCCUGAUUUUGAUUCAUAACAUACACAGGGAAGGAGUUUAUUAGAUCAUAAGAUGGAUACAAAAUCAUUUUUAUGCUAUAAUAAUAUUGUUUCCCAAUUUUGAUUUGUGAAUUGUGUAGUUGAGAUUAUACCAAGUAUCACAAAUGAGUUUCAUAAUUGAUUCAUAUAAGCACGA